CGGUCCGUUGCCUAGGUGCUAGUAGAAGCUAGUGUACUCCGCCAUGCCUGUCCAAGGCGCUGGGUUUUCUCAUCACUGCUAGCCCGAGAGCUGCUAGUACGCAUGGAUUACAGCGACAAUGGGACUGAUGGAGCUUGAGGUUCUGCUCUUCAUUGCCACAAAAUGGGACACCAUGUAGGAACAGCUGCAGCUUAAAAUAAGUAUUUUCUCAGCCGAGGAAAUGGCUUCACCAAAGUCAAUGUUGAUGGAUCAUGGAGAGUUCUUGACGGAGCUGGACCAGGUUACCAAGCGGCUUCAGGACGAUGGCUUGCCUCCAGAGGCCGGAGCGGCGGAGCGGCAGCAGCAUCUAUGGCGGCAGCUGCUCGACGCCGAGGCAAAGCUUCAGUCGGUCUCAAAGGAGCUGCAGACCUUACGUACGCAGCAGGCCAAUGAAAUGAAGGAGGUGGAGAGCUACGUAGCUCACAUUCGGGCGCUGCUGGAAGAGCGCGAGUGUCUGACUGCAGAGUACGAGAGAGACAACGAAGACUUAAGACACGAACUUCACCAAGUCAAACAUCAACAAGAGAUCCAGAGCAAGGAGAUGGCGGAGAUGUUGUCACAGGAAGACCUGGGGGAGAUCGGCUUGAGCAGCCCGAGUGAGCAGGUGGCUUAUCUGCUGGUGGAGAGAGCCACUCUGCUGGAAAGGCUGGAGGCCGCCGAGGGGAAGCUGGAAAGUCAUACCCUCGCCGUUACCGACAGCGACCAUCAGGAGCACAUCCAAACAAUGGGAGAGAGUCUCAGGCAGCAGAGGGAGGACAUGAGCAAGACCAUAGAUCACGUGACGAAGCGAAUGCGCAGAACGGUUCGAUCACCAUGUGGACAUUGGCUUUUUGUUUUGUCAGCAGUGUUCGUCCCAGAGUCCGUGGAAGAAGCUGUUUGGGCUGCGCAGGCCCACAGCGAGGAGAUCUCCAGGGAGCGAACUGAGCGGCAGCGGCUGGAGCGGGACCUGGAGGAGGCGUCCAGGAGGCUGGCCAUGGCUCACCAAGACAUCCGCAGACUCAACAACGAGCUUGAUGCGGCUAAGAACAACAACCAAGACCCAGGUGGAUCUGAUCUUGAGGGGACGGUGCAGGAAGUUGAGUACCUGAGGAAGGAAGUGGACAAAAUGAAACACAAUGAUAUGAUGAAGCUGCAGCGAUCCAAAGAGCAAAAUGACAGACUGGAUGCAGAGAACAGAGUUCUCAGGGAAAGAGUACAUGCCAUAGAGUCUGAGAAGAAAAAUCUUAUGGAUCAGAUGACAAAAUCUAAUACAGAAAAAGAAGACUUGGAGAGCAAAGGUACGGAAUCUGAAAACUGCCUCUCUGCUGUGUCGACCCAAGAGAAGGAUCAGAUUCAUAAACGGUGUCAGGAAGCUGUGGAAGACGGACUUGUGCAGGUGAGAGAGCUGCAGCGGCAGCUCCAGAGGCUACGCAAGGAGCAGGAGGAGCUGGAGGAGAGGAAUGAGGAGCUGGAGGCCCUGCUGGGGGAGGCCCAGAACGCCAGCAAGGAGGAGAGGCAUCGCCACGAGGGAGAGGUGGAGGGACUGCACAGGAGGAUUAGAAACCUGGAUUCGGAGCUGAGAAAGCACGACGCUCAGGAGAAAGCACCGAGGAACGGCGACGAGGCGAAGGCCACCGAGUCCUACCUGCACGUCCACCUGAGGGACAGCUCCCAGGAGAGGAUGUCCCUGCUGGAGGCCCGACUGACUGAGGAGAAGGAUUGGAGGAAACAGCUGGAGUUGGAUCUUACUGCUGCUCAGGCUGCCCUCAAGAAAGAUAAAGAGGCUUUGCAGAUAGGCGAGCGAGAGCUGAAGAAACUGAGACUCGAGGUCAGCGGUCUUCAGACCGAAUGCCAGCAGGGGAAAACGCUCAUCAAAAGCCUGACCCAGGUCAAGGGAGAGAAGGCCGUUCUAGAAGAAAAGGUGGCCCAGAUGGAGCGCGCCCACAGCAGACUCCAGAGUCAGCUGGAGCGCUACAAGGACAGUAACCAGUCUCAGACAAAAGCGAUGGAAAACAGACUCCAGGCUGAUCAGACGCAGAAGCAGGUCGACAGCCUUCACGUCGAGCUCAGCAGCCUGCAGUCUUCGCAUGACAGUCUGAGGGAGGAGAUGACGUCUGAGCGCCAGAAGACGGCCGAGCUCCAGGCGGAGCUGAGCGGCGCGGUUCACCUGAAGCUCGAGGCCCAAGGGAAAAGAGAAAGAGUGGAGCUGGAGGUCCAGCGGCUCAAUAAGCAGCUGCAGUGGCAUCAAGAGCAGCUGACCUCUGCAAAGGAGGCACUUCGUCGCAGCCAGAAGGCUGAAAUGGACACAGCUAACGCAGGGUCUGACCCCGAGUCCGUAGAGAAAGUAAAGGUUGGGGGUUUGGAUCAGCUUUCAUCUUUGAAGAAAGAAAUAAGCGUCCUGGAGGAUAAGCUGGAGGAGGAGCGGCAGCUGGCCUCUCAGCACCAAAUGGCUCUUCAGGCUCAGAUUAGUGAAGCCCAGGCACAUAUUAAGUUACUAGACUCGCUGCUGAGCCAGAAGGCGGAGGAGACGAAACAGAUGAAGCAAGACGUGCAGAGAGCCCAGAGCCUGUUCACCUCGGCAGAGAAGGAGCUGCGCUACGAGAAGGAGAAGAGCCUGGAUCUGAAGAGACACAACACUCUGCUGGAGCAGGAAAAUCUCAAGCUUGGCGCUGAACUGAAGCAGGCCCAGUCCAAGCUGGCACAGGUGGAGCAGAAACUCCAAACUCGAGACGCCGAGUGCGAACGCCUGCAGCAAAAAGUCAGAGAGUUAGAGCUGCAGCUGAUACGCAGCAGCACCAACGGCAGCGCCGCCGCCAGCCUGCAGGAGGAGUUACAGGCCGAGAGGGCGCGGCUCGCGGCCGCCGACAAGAAGGUGUUGGAGCUCCAGCAGCAGCUAAAGAACGCCCAGCACCAGCUACGUGUGGAGGAAGCUCGAGCCGGCGAGAGCAGCCGCCUGGAGAGGGACAGCAGGGAUCUGUUUGACUCGUUGUCGGCCCUCAGGGCCCAGCAGCAGGAGGGCCACAUCACCAGAAAGCUUUUAGAGCAGCGGGAGGAGGAGCUGCAGCAGCAGGUACGCUCGCUUAGGCUGAAGGAAGCUUCCCUCAACAGGACAAACAUGGAGCUCAGCCACCGCGUCCAGCAGCUGGACACUCAGCUGUCCAUCCUGGACGCUGAGCUCAAGAAGACAAGAGAGGAGGUAAAAACAAGCCAGAAGUCAAACCACAAACUGCAGGAAGAGCUGAUUACCAGUCGGCAGGAGUGUGAGAGGCUACAGGAGGAGCUGCAGCGGGUCCUCCUCCAGCUAGAUGCACACAUCAGGAAGUACAACGAAAAGCAAAGCCAACACAAGACCAAACUGUGUCAGGCCAAGCAGAUUUUCCUGAAGGCAACGGCACAGAGAGACUCUACCAUCCAGAAACUGGAGAACGAUCUGGCGCUGGCCUCCAAUCUCUCCUACAAGGAGAAGGAGCGGAUCAACAUAGUGAUGCUAGAAAACGAGAAGCUGCUGGAGGAGAAGCGGGAGCUGCUGCGGAGGAUAAGUGAGGCAGAGGAUAUGGGCAGCAAAGGCAUGAGGACGGCUUCCACUGUCCAGCACAGGGCUAAUGUCUUAGAAGUGGAAAACAAACAGCUGCAGGACAGAACCAUGAAGCUCUCCAAUCAAGUCAGGUCCCUGGAGCGUGCCCUGAGGAACGUUGAGUCGUUCUACAGUAUGGAGAAUGUCAAGAGAGCGCUCCCCUCUGACGGUUUCACAGACGGCGUCCUGCAUUCAUCAGCUCUGAGUCUGGCCUCAGGUCCCUGUGAUCACGUGGACAUCCUGGACACGAUCCGCCGCGCGACGGUGAGCAAGCACGUGGUGCUGGACGGCACGAGGACUUCCGUCUCCACGCAGCAGCCGUCUGAGCAGGGAUACCUGAACCUCACCUCCCCAAUGGUCACUCCAGCUUCCACUAAAGGUAGAGAAGAGACCUCAGAUGACAAAGACCAGGGGUGAGAGGCGACGGGAGUUUAGUGAUGUCACUGCCAUACAACGUGAUCUGCUUACAUAGUAUUUGAAAAGCAGAUUAUUGUUUGCCUCAUAAGUACUGUAUUUGUCUCAACGGCUUACUGAAAGUGAUUUUUUAUUUUUUUUCCUACAAAGCCUUUAUUAAUCAAAUAUUUUUCCAACAUACUCUGUUUUUAAAGACAACAGUGUCCAUUGGGAUUCUAUAUUAGAAGCCAGCCUGUUCAUUAGGAAUGCAAACACGUGCAAAUGGUUUUCUAAAAGUUUAUUAUGUUUCUUUGGUUUGUUUGCCUUUGCUCACCAAAGCUCAUGAGCAUCGCUUAAAGUUUGAAAGACUGAUACUGUUUGUAAUACAGCAUUAUGAGAAGCACUUCACACCAGUGCUUUUGAUGGGAAAUACAUUUUUAUGACAGUUAUUUUAAUGAUUCUAGUUGAAUUGAAGCACUUUAACAUGUUUUUUUAUACAGAUGUUUACAUUCAAGAUGGUUUAGCGAUUCUGUGCAAAUUUUGGGAUAUUAAUAACUUUUCCUGGUUCAAUUUUGCAGUGUUUUGAUGCCUUAUGAUGCCUAAAGUGUUGGUUACUUUUGUACUUAAAAGGAAAAAAAAAAAAUCUAAAUUGAGUGAAUUUUUUAAGUUCUGAAUGUUUCACCCAUCUUCUGUCUCACAGGAGAUUAUCUUGUACUUUAAACAAAACCAAUUCUGACUUUUUUGUUCUUCUUGGCCUAAUUCAAGUUUUCUCUGUUUUUUUUUUCUUUCUUUCAUUGUUGUUCACAUAAAAAAUUUAAAAAAAGUUUCCUCCUGCGGUUUUCAAGCAGCGCAGCGUGACCACAUCUGCGCGAUAGUCUUACAUGCUCAGCAGUCCGUUUGAAACACUGAGCUCCAUCACAACAAGAUCCAGUUUGACUCAUAGCAAGAGUCACAUCUUUUUGUCACGACCAGAUACAAUUAUAAAAUUAAUAUUUGUGGAUGUUUCCUUCAUUGUUUUUUUAAAAUAAUUCAGCGGUCAAGUUGUCUGCAUGUAACAGAAUAGAAGGUGUGAUAGCAUGAUUUCACGCACGGCUUCCUGUCACACAAAGCCACUGGUGUUUAGUCAUGAUGUAUGUGACAGAACCGGUCUCAUACAUUCUGAACUAAACAGAGACGCACUGUGUAUUUAUACGUACUCAAAUUCUGCGAAGGAAACUGCCCUGCCUGUCACAGGACAAGCAGAACUGGACCCAUUUAUUAACACAAGUGUAAAGAUGCAAAAAGAACAUUUUUUUAAAUGACUCAUAAGCAGCAUAAUCUGAAUGGGAAUUAAAAAAAAAAAAAAAAAAUCCAACUUGUAAUGAAGGAAGUCAACAGUGACACAAUAGUUGAUUGUACUCCUAAAGUUCCUUUUUGUCAAUGAGAUAGAUCUUCUUUUACGGCAUUGUUCUAGGUUGGAGUGCACAGAGAGAGCUGCGUCGGGUUUGAUGCCCUUUUCUGUUUACCCAAUAGGAUUUAAGUAUCAAAAGUUCAUGGGAAAAUGUAGAUUUAUGUUUAUUUCUGUGAUGUUGCUGGAAUACUCAAAGAUGACUCAUUUUCGCUUUUCUGGACGAAAACACUGAGAUUUGCGCUCCGUAUUUCCUGUUAUUCCAAAACAGUUCAUGAUGCUGUUAAUCCUACCAGGCUCCCAGAGCUUUUGGAGGAGAAACAGGCCCACAGCAUAACAGAUCCUCUACCAAACCCAACAGGUAGCAUCUGGAGCUUUUCCACGCAUUCGUCCAGGUUAGCAUGAAAACAGCAUCUUUAAAACAAGCCUAUUUAUUUUGGUUGCUAUGGAUAUUCUAAGAUGCCACUUUUUGCUUGAGUGAUCUUUGGAGUUAUUUUAUUUUUUGUUGUAUCUUGCUCAGCAUCCUCCUCAUGUCAGUGUAAAUCUCGGUCUCUGUGAAGCCCAGUGGCUAAUAGACAUGGGAUUCGGUGUUAUGCUAUGUUAACGCAGUUUGUUUUUUUCUUUAUAAUGCUCUUAGUUUAAAUGUGUAUUUUUCUACAUUUCUUGGACAUUAUGCUACUGCAGUAACAGCUUUAUUUUAGUUUUAUUUCUCACAUCUUCCAGAGGUACCAAUAAAUGUGGCUGACACAAACAAAUGCCUUCAAAUAUUAGCUGCACUUUAGACCCAAAUACUAGCUACUAUAGGUUUUAAUAAUCAUGAAUGCAUCACAUUUGUAUAUAUUUUCUAAAUGUAAGCCACUAUUUUUGUAUUAGCUACAUUUUUACACAAAAUAAUCUGUUUUUCCAAUGUGCCUGAAGCUUUUGGUGUUUCCAAUGUGGGAUUUUGCUUUUUUUUUUUUUUUUUUUUUGAAAGAAUUGUGGAAAUUGUUUCAACUUUUCAUCGCAUUUGUAUCAGAACAUUUUUCUAUUUUCUUUUUCAAAUUUGAAAUUAUUUUUCUAAAAUAAAGAUUUAAUGAACAGAAAAUGUCCGCGUACUCCAUUUUCAACGUUCAACUUAAGAAACGGACUAAUUUAUAACAGUCUGUUUAUUAAACAAGGUAAAGAUACAAAGCUUUUUUUUUUUUUUUCUCCUUUUUUUUUUUUUAAACAUUGAUAACCUUAGUUAAACUCCUCAGUCUUGGCUGUGCAUAUUUAGUCGUCUAGAAACCGUAUAUGAAACCACAAUGCAAGACAGGAAAAAAAAAGGUGUAAUAAAUCUACUGAAUAUCUUUUUUCAUAGAGAACAUGGGUUAAACAGUUAUACAGAUUACAGCUCAAGAACUCCAUGCGGAAUAAAACAAAAAGAACAAAACGAGGAUAAAAUGCUUACACGACUGAAUACUGUCGAACACAAUACAGAGUAAUGGAUCUGGGAUGAUAAACAGUUAAGGCGUACUUGUAUAGAACUGAUAUAAAAGAUGAAUAUUAAUAACGCACAGGUAGACUAAAAUAAUUACAGUAAAUUCAUACGUGAACUUUUACAAAUUCCAAACGGAACAUAUCGAUGGAAACGAAAAAAAAGUAGGUACUAUAUGAGUAACAUGUUUUACAGUACGGCAACAUGUACAUUUUUCCAUUAUCUCAAAAAAAAAAAAA